AUGUUUCCAAAUAUCAUCGCUCCGUCGCCAAUAUAUCAGAGUUUAUUUCGAGCACCUAUACUUCACCAAGGCCCGGCAGUCACUGGCUCCGCGUCAUUUUUAGUGGAAAACUUACUGAGAGAAAGGACUUCAGGGUUUUUAGCCAGACCCCAACAUGGACAAGUACAAAAUUUGGCACAAAGUGAAAGAGAUAGUCCGCCGACAUCCGCUGCCAGUUCUACGCCAUUCCUGAAAUUUGGAAUGAAUGCAAUUCUUGGAAAGGAUUCGCCAAAAUCUUCGUCAACAACAGGUAGUAUAAGUUAUACAGCCGGAUCUCCAACUCUCCCUACUUACUCUACUUCCUGUGGUGGCAAAGCGUGUGGUGGUUACACCCUCCAUGGUUCAUUUUUACCGAUGCCAAACGCAUUUACGUUCCUGAGUAAUAUGCGAGGGAAGCCAAGACGAGGGAUGUUACGUCGAGCAGUAUUUUCAGACGCCCAGAGGAAAGGACUGGAAAAGAUGUUCCAAAAACAGAAAUAUAUCAGCAAACCUGACAGAAAGAAGCUGGCUUCAAAACUGGGUCUUAAAGACUCUCAGGUGAAAAUUUGGUUUCAAAAUCGACGAAUGAAAUGGAGGAACUCCAAAGAACGAGAACUGUUGUCUUCCGGUGGAUCACGUGACUCUACACUACCAAAUAAAAACAAUCCAAACCCCGAUUUGAGUGACGUCAGAGACGAU